CGCGGCGGGCGGGACUCGCGGGCUCCGCUCGGGCCGGGCCCGCCGGGCUCGCACUGCGCCAUGUCCCUGCCCAGAGAUUCCAAAGGAUCCUUGGAGCCACACAAACCAGUGAAAGGCAAGAAGAAAAGGGAUCUGAGGAUAACAUGUGUCCCCAUCAAACCACCCAUUGCCAACACAACGCCCCCGAGGAACUUGGACUCCAGGACGUUCAUUACCAUUGGAGAUAAAAACUUUGAGGUGGAAGCUGAUGACCUGGUGGCCAUUUCGGAGCUGGGCCGUGGUGCCUACGGCGUGGUGGAGAAGGUCCGGCACGCACAGAGCGGCACCAUCAUGGCUGUGAAGAGGAUUCGAGCCACUGUGAACACUCAGGAGCAGAAGAGGUUGUUGAUGGACCUGGACAUCUCCAUGAGGACAGUUGACUGCUUCUACACAGUCACCUUCUAUGGAGCCCUCUUCCGUGAGGGUGAUGUGUGGAUCUGCAUGGAACUCAUGGACACCUCCCUAGAUAAAUUCUACAAGAAAGUACUGGAGAAGAAGAAAACCAUCCCUGAAGACAUUUUGGGGAAAAUGGCUGUGUCUAUUGUACGAGCUCUGGAGCACCUGCACAGUAAACUGUCUGUAAUCCAUAGAGACGUGAAACCUUCCAACGUGCUGAUCAACAAGGAGGGACACGUGAAGAUGUGUGACUUUGGGAUCAGUGGUUACUUGGUGGACUCUGUUGCCAAGACCAUGGAUGCUGGCUGCAAACCCUACAUGGCUCCAGAAAGAAUAAACCCAGAGCUGAACCAGAAGGGCUACAACGUGAAGUCGGAUGUCUGGAGCCUUGGGAUCACAAUGAUUGAGCUGGCCAUCCUGCGCUUCCCAUACGAGUCCUGGGGGACGCCCUUCCAGCAGCUCAAGCAGGUGGUGGAGGAGCCCUCGCCCCAGCUGCCGCCUGAACGCUUCUCCAAGGAGUUCGUGGACUUCACAGCACAGUGCUUAAGGAAGAACCCAGCUGAGCGAAUGAACUAUUUAGAACUUAUGGAACAUCCUUUCUUUACCUUGCACGACACCAAAGAGACUGACAUGGCCUCCUUUGUGACAGAGAUCCUCGGGGAAGACUCCUAACUCCCAGCCCCCAGCUUCCUGCAGUCCCUCCAUCCCAGCUUCCCCGCAGGACAGCGAGCGAGGACUCGAGUUCACGGUGGUUUGCACAAAUCACAAAUCAUCACAAAUCGCACCUCCCCGGCCCGGGGGCAUCUCUGGCCCCAUCCAGAAAUCUCUUUUCUCUUUGCCCUGAGAAAAAAAUCCUCCAGGAGGAGCCUUUUGAAGCCAACAUCUUCCCAGCCAAGCCAAGGACUCUGGAGGUUCCAGGAGAGGAGCAGUGCCUGAGCAGGCAGAGGGUGCCAGAGGCCACCUCCCCUCCCCAGCACCCAGUGCACAGCACAGGGGGUUGUGUUUCCUUGCUGCCAGGGGAAGACAGAGAGAACCAGUGCUGCUGGUUCUUCUCCCACUCCUCUCCUGCCUGCCCAAAGCCCCUUCCCUGGAGUCUGGCCUCACUCGCCUUCCCUCUGUGCCUGGCUCUCUGUCCCCAGGAGCCCACACAGCUUUAGGGGCUUGUGGGGCUCCCUGGGCUGCUGCUCACAUCAGAAGUUGUUUUAAUGCCUGGCUCGACACCUCAAGGACCUUUUGAGGCAGCACCAGCUCGGGCAUCCCCCUCCCUCAAUCAAUGCUGCUCCCUUGAGGGGGGAACAAAGGGGGAAAGGCAUUUUUCCACGAGCCCACUGUGACACAAGCUGCAGCCCACGCUGUGCCCAUGCCUGCCCAUGAGACUUCAUCCCUUCCCUCGUGGGCACGAGGUGAUGGAGAGACAGCAGAUCCCCAGUGCUGCCUCUCCUCCUUCCAGCCCUGGGCUGGGAGGACAAAUCCCUGCUCCAGGCAUCGCCUUCCACAGCCCUGGCUGCCUCCACCAUCCCUGGCUCCCUGAGAAGACGCUGCUCCCUCUGCUUUCCAACCUGGAGCUGAUGUCAGACCCUGCACUGUGACACCCGCUCCUUCCAGAGGCUGAACUCGUGUCCCAAACUGUCCCCACCCCUGUGGGUGCCAGCGAGAGCCAAACCCCAGUGACUGGCCCGGGGCUGCCAGCAGUUGUACAUUUGAUGUCUAUAUAUAAUGGACUUUGUAACGUGUUUCCUAGGUUUGAUCUAACUCGCUAUAAAUUAAAGCCCUUCUGUGUGGGAGGAGGGAGGAGCAGUUCCUUCUCUGCUGACAAAUCCACUGUGAAAACCUGAUGUGUUUCCCCACGCUCCCAGCCUGAGGAGCCAGGGGAGCAGGAGGGGUUUCUGGCUUCUACUGUACAUGAUCACAGAUAAACGCACCGGCUGUGGAUUUUGGUUUUGGGUUUUUUUUGGUUUUUUGUUGUUUUUUU